AAUAUGGAUAAUUUAUACUAUAGGGUUUGUCUGGGAAUUGUUUUUAAUUAGAUAUCCUCUUGAAAAUGUCAGCAUAGCCAUUUGAUGGUCUUUCUAUUAAAAUAACCGAAUCCAACGAGGGGUUAGGCAGAUCGUUGUCGGGGGGAAAUGACAGAGGGGGACUAAAACAGAAAGGAAUGGCUGCUAACCUUGCUAAGGAGUGUGCGGUACGGGUAGACGUUUCACAAUUACUGAUCUGUGAGGUCUACUGCAAUCAUGGAUCAUCAUCAACUUCAUCAUCACACACAGGGAAGCAUGUCACCGUCAUAUGUGCCAAGGAAGAGGAAGGUUUCACAGCCAAAACAAAAAAGUGGUCUUCCACCACCAGCUAUCCAGAGGAUGCCAGAUAUGAGUGUGAUGAGCAUGAUUGGUGUUCCACCUAAGAAUGAAGACCCCCAUGCCCAGGCGACCCAAAAGAUGAAAAGAACAUAUGGCAGAAAAAGGUCAAUGGGCCUACUGUAUGAGGAUCUGCAGAAUGUCUCCCUGGGUUCUGGUGUGGAGGAUUCAACCAGCGAGACGUCCUGCUGCUCAGUGGUGUCUUCCAGCCUGGCUGUAGCCAACGGCGAAUUGCCUCCUCCUCCACCGCCCUCUGCCAGACUGCCUCACAGGCUGGUGGCUAAAGACAGCUGGCCCAACCAGGCCCCAGACACAGGCAGGGCCCAGGGCCGGGGUCAGAAACCACCUAUGCCCUCCAAUUUUGCGCUGAAGAAAAUGCGGAGAGUGGAGGUGGACAACAGCACACCUUCUGUUACAAAUUUCCCUCAAGAAGUGAGACAGUCAGUUCCAGUUCCUGUUGGAGGUGGGCAUAUUCAUAGCCAUGCCCAUAGCGGUCACUCAGUGGGAGGUGGGCAUAGCCAUGCCCAUAGCGGUCACUCAGUGGGAGGUGGGCAUAGCCAUGCCCAUAGCGGUCACUCAGUGGGAGGUGGGCAUAGCCAUGUCCAGAGUGGUCACUCGGUUGGAGGUGGGCAUGUUCAUAGCCAUGUCUACAGCAGUCACUCGGUUGGAGGUGGGCAUGUUCAUAGCCAUGUCGACAGCAGUCACUCGGUUGGAGGUGGGCAUGUUCAUAGCCAUGUCGACAGCAGUCACUCGGUUGGAGGUGGGCAUGUUCAUAGCCAUGUCGACAGCAGUCACUCGGUUGGAGGUGGGCAUGUUCAUAGCCAUGUCGACAGCGGUCACUUGGUAGGAGGUGGACAUGCCCAAAGUCAUGUCCAAAGCGGUCACUUGCUUGGAGGUGAGCAUGUCCAGUGCAAUCACUAUAUUGGAUGUGGACAUCUCCAGAGCAGUUACCCUAUUGGAGGUGAACUUGUCCAGAGCAGUUACUCUGUUGUAGGUGAACAUGUUCAUAGAGGUCACUCUAUUGGAGGUGUAGCUAUCCAGAGCAGUCACAGUCACCCAGCAGAGCCUACCAAGGAAGAUAAAUCUAAAGUCUUCACCUUCACAACCAAGAAGGAACCCCCAGUCUACCCCCCAGGAAGUCAAGAGGAGAGGUGGCAACUGAUGAUCCUGGGCAAAGGGCGAGUCACGUGCCCCAAGUGUAAAAGUGUGAGCAGGAAGACUGUGGAGGGACUGAAGAAACAUAUGGAGAGCUGCCGAGUGAAUCCCUUCACGUGUCAGCAAUGCGGGAAACAACUGAAGUCUUCCACGGGAAUGAAGUACCACAUCAUGGCAGACCACAAUAACCUGCCCUCACCAGGUGACAUAAAUGGCCUGGAUGACCAGUCCAUGAAGGAACAAUUGAGGAAGGUGCUGAAAAGAAUGGGCAAAUUAAAAUGCUCUAAAGAGGGCUGCACUGGUAGUUUCACCAGCAUCAUGGGUUACCUGUACCACAUGAAGAAAUGUGGGAAAGAGGCGUCUGAGCUGGAGAAGCUGCUUCUCAACUGCCAACACUGUGGCAAGGUCUACAAGUCCAAGGCAGGCCUGGAGUACCACCUCAAGUCGGAGCAUGCACCAGAGAUUCAGAAUGUGGAGGAGGAGGUGAAGGCCCAGAGAGAGCCCAACCCUGAGAGGACACCCAGUGGCCGGGUCAAACGCAUGUCAGCCCAGGUGGCUGUUUUCCACCUACAGGAGAUUGCUAACGACGAGCUGGCCAAGGAGUGGCCCAAGAGGAAGGUCAUCGGGGACCUUGUCCCAGAUGAUAAGAAGCUGAGAUAUGCCCGCCCAGGGCUGCCUGCCUUCAGUCAGGAGGUCCUUCGGAAGUGGAAAAACGAAGUGAAGCUGCAAAAAAAAGUGCAGUGCCCAAACCUGGGCUGUGGCUCGGUCUACACAAGUGUGUCUGGACUGAAGGCUCACCUUGGGCUCUGUGGAAGGGGGGACUUUGAAGCAGGGAAAUACAAAUGCCUGAUCUGUAAGAAAGAGUUCAACUCAGAGAGUGGGGUGAAGUACCACAUCAACUCUGUCCACUCCCAGGACUGGUUUGCGGUGACCUCAAAAUCCAAGAACUUUGAUAAGGUUCUGAAGACCAAGCCCAAGGAGCACAGCACUGUGGAUGACCCCACUGACCAUCUCCAGCAACAGACCCUCCAUGUCUUCACCCCCAUCCUGGAGUCCUGGCAGGACAUGCAGAUGGGACCCCCACCAGCGGUGCCCGAGCCGGCCAUGCAGGUCAACCCUGAGGCAGCAGAGGGGAAGAGGAGGGGGAAGGGGAGAGGGAAGGAGAAGGACUGCUAUGACUUCACUGGCAGUGACCAUUCCAGCAGUAGCAACAGUGGCAGCUCCAGCAGCGGAUCAGAGACAGAGGAUCCUGAGGGCCCGAGACACAACAUUGACAAAUGGGCACUGCAGAGACCCAGUAUCAUCGAGACACACCCUGAAGUCGCCAAGCGACCCAGAAGCAACCACUAGUUCAGUCCGAUCACCUGACUUCAGAGGGUGCAACGUUACAGAACGUUCAAAUAGAAAUGCAUUCUGCAUUGGUCCUGGGAGGUGUAGUCUGUGUUUCAACUGUAAUUAUGUGAUUGUCUUAGCCAACUUUUAAUGUGUCUUAUUAUUUUAAUAAGUUUGAUAACUUUUCUGACAUGUUUACUCAGACUUUUUUUAACACCUAUUAUCUGUUGGCUUGUGUUCCUAGAUACAGAUUGUGCCUAGUGUAUGGAUCUAUUAUUUCAUACAACUCCUUAUUAUAACUUACAUGUUAUCAGACCUCUUCUUUACAAUGCAUAUUUAACCAUAGCAUGUGGUGUUAAUGUGGUCUGCAUUUUAUAUCUUGGAUAAUGAUAUAUGGUAAUGCAGGAUGAUUUUGAGAUAGUGGUUGUCGGUUCUAGCUGUUUGUGAUGUUUUAACGCUGCGUUGUUUGUGGGUGUACAGUCCAGAUGGAAAUAGGUGCAGUUGUCUUUUUAUUUACUCCCUUUGUGCCCCUGUGCUGUUUCUGCAGAUGGAUGAUUGUAUUUAGUUUAUUCUUCUCCUGUUGAGAUUUGACAGUGCGCUUCUGUUUUAAGCUAUGUUUUGAAUAGAUUCAUCUGUUUUACUUACUUUUGAAUAAUGAAGCUGGCCUUUAAAAAAAAAACUUAAAUUAUCCAUAACUAAUUGAUUGUUAAGAAUAGGGUUUCUCUAUUUGAUGCCUUUUAAAAUAUUACUAAGACAACCAAUGUCUUUCAGAUCAAAGGUUCUGCUCGUGUCUGUGAUUCCUGUGACCGAAACAGGCAUAGUGCAUGCACUUUUAUAAUGACUGAAAUUAACUGCUCAGUCUAACGAUAGGCAUAUUCUCAUAACCCAACAUUGUGAAAGUGUACCCUAACUUGUUUUGUCUGGCAUUAGACAUUGCUUCUUGAGAAUAAUUGUGUUCAGUGUUUAAUGAACCAACUGAUGUUAGUCAAACACUUCAAUUCACCAUUUGUGUCCAUUUGUAUUAAUGGCAAAUCUAUUGUUUCAAGAUGAGAAAACAAACUGCAUUCUACCUUUUUUUAGAAGUAUUGUAAUGUGCUGCUAUUUUUAACUACCAGCAGUGUUAGCUAUAUCAACAGUUCAAAUAAAAAUAUUUACACAAUUCUA